UCUAGGGCACGGAAAAGGGUGGAAAGAAACGGAAGCCCAAGAAACGGGCAUUCUCCUCGCCUUCCCGUAAAUAGUGUUUCGAGUUUCAUGAGAAAGAAACAUCCUCAGAAACCCAUCAAAAAGAAACGCUGGUUUCGGUAAAAUACGAUUCAACCCAAGCAAAAAUUCACUUCUAGUUUUCUGGGGGUAAAAGUAUGCCAUCGGAAUCUGAUAAGUGGGCAUGGAAACAUGUCAGUGUGUUUGGUGGGUUUGACAAGGGAAGCGGCACGAAAAAGUGGAAAUGCAACCACUGUAAUCUACGAUAUAAUGGAUCUUAUUCACGUGUUAGAGCACACCUUCUUGGGUUUACUGGUGUUGGGGUCAAAAGCUGCCCAGCAAUAGACAGGUCUUUGAGGGAAGCAUUUCAGAUCUUAGAGGAAGAGCGCCUUGCUCGGAAGGAAGAGCGCCUUGCCCGGAAGGAAGAGCGCCUUGCUCGGAAAGAGAAAAGGACUUCUGGAAGUGGGAAGCCUGGCAAGCACAUUUGGAUUUCACGACCAAGUCAUACCUGUGUCACCACCAUAGGAGAUGUUGAUCGGACUUCGCGACCAAGUCUUACCUGUGUCACCAAAGAAGAUGUAGAUGACAUUGUAGCAAGAUCUUUCUAUGCCAAUGGAUUGAAUAUCAAAGUUGUCAGCUCUCCUUACUUUCUUGAAAUGACAAAAGCGAUUAGUGCUUUUGGCCCUGGUUAUGAACCCCCAACAAAAGAUGAAUUGUCUGUUUCUUUUUUAAGUAAAGAGAAAGCAAGGAUUGAAAAAUCUGUGGCUCUAGUUAGGGAGUCCUGGCCUCACACAGGAUGCACAUUACUGUGUGUUGGCUGCUUAGAUGGUUCGCUGGGGUGCUUCCGGAUUGAUAUAUUUGUCUCUAGUCCAAGGGGACUAAUGUUUUUGAAAGCAAUGGAUAUAAUAGAUGUUACUGAUGGGGUGGACAAUGUGUUCACAGGUGUUCUUAGUGAUUUAAUUGUGGAAAUUGGGCCCACAAAUGUUUUUCAGAUAAUCUCACAUCUAGGCCAAGCCUGUAAAUAUUCUGAAUCCCUUAUAUUGUCAAAGUUCCCUCACAUAUUCUGGUCUUCUUGUGCAUCGCAUUCUAUCUGCAUGCUAAUGGAAGAAAUAGCUGAAUUGGAUUGGAUUAAAUCUGUUUGCUCGUGUGCUAAGGAAAUUGAGCAAUUUAUCAUGGCAUAUCAGCGGUCUUCUCCAGGUAUCUUGACUCAAAAUUUGAAGGGGACCUAUGAUCCAGUUUCUACUAAGUUUUUGCCAUCCUAUGGCAUUGUCCAGAGGGUUCUUCAGCUAAAGCAAUCACUUCAACACGUAGUUGUUAGUGACGACUGGAAGCAAUGGAAGCUUUGUAUUCCGGAGGACAUUGCAAGUAUCGAGGCUGCCAUUUCAGGGGAUGAUUUCUGGAGCAGGGCUCAUUUAUUCUUGCAGUUAUGUGAACCUUUCUUAAGGUUCCUUGCUAUACUUAAUAUAGAUCGAUCUGUCAUGGGUGAUGUUUAUGAUUGGCGGGUUCAGGCUCUUGAAGCUGUGAGAAGCAAUGGAAUUGAUGAAAGUGCAUUGAAUCAACUGGAAGAGUUGAUAGAGAACAGAUGGGAUGUGUUAUUUUCUCCUCUUCAUGCUGCAGGCUAUAUACUUAAUCCUAAAUAUUUUGGGAAAGGUCAAACAAAGGAUAGAACUGUAAUGCGGGGAUGGAAAGCCACUCUAGAAAGAUAUGAGGGUGACAGCGCAGCAAGAAGGGUUCUUAGAGAGCAGCUUAGCUCUUACUGGAGAUUAGAAGGACCCUUAGGAGAGGAAGAUGCUGUGGACUGUAGAGGCAAAAUGGAUCCCGUUGCUUGGUGGGAGAAUUUCGGCUUUGAAACACCCCACUUACAGACACUAGCCAUGAAAGUUCUGAGUCAGGUUUCAAGUGUUGGAAUGUGUGAAGAGAUACUCCAAGAUGAUGAUUUUCCAUGUCGAGAAGCAUCCAACAGGUUAGGAGUGGAGAGAGUAGAAGAUCUUGUUUUUGUCCGAAACAACCUUAGACUUCAUAGCCAAAGAAAUGGCAUUUCAAGCUUCUCAUCUGUUCAAAGAACCUAAUCUGAAGUGAUCAAGCAAAGGCAAUAAUAUAUAGUGUUUAUGACACAUUGUGAUAGAUUGUUUGCCUCUUCUUCUUUGCGGCCGCUUAAGAUAUUGGAGCCUGAGACUAGGGCCACUGCAGAAGCUUGUUGAAGAUAAUGCUGGAGUAGCAAUGAAUUCCAAAGUCUUGAAAUGGUGAGUGGGAUCUCUUCCUAUGUCUUGAGCUUGAGAAAAAUUGUUGGCUUAUGAAACUUUGACUUUAGAAAUGCCUUCAUCCUGAAUAUGUUUGUAACGUGAGAAAUUAGUGGCCAACAUAUUAUACGGGCUCUCAUAACUAGAAAAUUAUUGUAGAUAAAAUGUUUGAUUUGAGAAGUGGGUGGCAUGACACAUCGGGGUUAUAAUUCUUUUGUAGUAAAAUGUGGCAUUCCAAACAUUUCUCUGUGCCUUAUGUUCUUCAUAGAUUUGCAUCUAUUGAAGAAGAAUUGAGUUACUUGUAUAAAAGGAAUAUUUCAAUGUCGCAUCAAAGUUGUGCUUAAAUUAUCAAUGUGAAAGUCGAUGGGAUCUCA